AUGAAAUCAGAGUUACUUGAACCCCAGGUGAUACCAACCUCAAGCAUCAUACGAGCUUCAGUCAAGAAGAAGCAAUAGAACAAGAGGUACCAUGAUACGAAAGCAAAGCCGCUACACCCUCUUGUUGUAGGAGAUAGUAUUCGCGCCAAGAUCAGGCCUCAGUCGUCGUCCCUGUGGACACAAGGAAGUGUGGUCAGAACAGAAUCUGACAGAUCCUAUAUAGUCAAGGCCAAUGGCCGUGAGUACAAGAGGAAUCGGUGUCACAUCAGGAAAACUAGAGAAAUGACAACGCCCAAACUCGUUGUUACAGACCCUUCUUUAGACUCUCCUGUGGGCCACCCACAAAGUCAGAUGCAGCCUUGCCGACCGCCCCACAGCCAAACUUCAUAG